AAACCCACUCGAACGACGUUAAAGGGGAGAUUUGCCUGCCUUUGACCGACCUUCGGCCGUCCCUUCCAUGUUUAUCUUCUCGUCCUUUGUCUCUCUGCAACAACAUUGCCUGUUUUCGCCCUUGCUGUCUCCUCUGCUUCUCAUUUCGUGAAAGGUCUCCGCUUUGAUCCUCUGCUUCCUCCGACGCAGGCUCGACGAAUCCGAAUCUGUGCCGGCUCAGCUCACCGGAGCUAUGAGUCUGCUCAGGCGAGUCGACAUGAUGGAACUGGACCCCUUCUGCCCGGCAUUUCCUUUUCUCGCCGAGACGUCCAUUUUCGUCCCAACAACCACCAUUGCGUCCCCCUCGUUUCUCAAAGACCCUCUUGAUGUCUGCUUCGCUCUUGAUCACCUGAGCCCUCAGCCUGAAGCAUUCGAGUUCUUCGACGCCCUCACGGACUUGAUCCAAGCUGAGAAACCAGCUCCCGUUUGGUCGUACGGGAGGAUCCGCCGGCGAGUUGGAGCUGACUCCUACUUGCAGACCUUGUGCGACCGAGUCGAGGUCCUCGGGUCGAGGUUUGACCGCCUGCACAAUGCCGGGAUGACCGGAGGCCGGAAGUACACUUGGACGGCGGAGGUGGAGGGGAGGCACGCCGACAGGAAGUAUAAGUGGGUGGCGGAGAUCAAUCAAGGGAAGGAGGAGAAGAAGAAGCACUAUCAUCACCAUCAUCACAACCUUAAAGGUGGGAAGAGCUAUAAGUGGACUGCUGAGAUCAAGGAGAAGGGAGAAGACGGACCGAUCAAGCGGACCUACACAUGGAAAUCAUCGACUGGCGAUGGAGCCUAUCAUUGCAAACCAUUGAAGGGGAAGAAGAAAGAAGAGAAGAAGUUGAAGAAGGGGGAGUGUGCCACUCGUUUGGUGGAAAUUGAAGAGCUUAACCAUCAUGGAGCUGUGGUCCUGAGACAGGCCUUUGCCAAGAGAACUGGAGUUGCCCAAAGGGCUAGGGGAAAGAAGAAGGAGCUGUCCCCUCAAGAUGCUGCAUCUAUGAUCCAGAUGAGCUUUAAAGCCUAUCUGCUUCGUAGAUCACAGGCACUCCGUGCCCUCAGAGAGUUAGCAGUAGCCAAAACCAAGUUAAAGGAAGUCAGGGCAUUGUUCAAUAAUUUCACUUACCGCAGCCGGAUAGCUCACGAUGCAGAGGAGCGUCAAAGGUUUGCUGAGAGGAUCAUUGUUGUUCUGCUCACUGUCGAUGCCAUUGAGGGUGUUGAUCUAAUGGUGCGAGCUGCAAAGAAGUCAAUGACAGAUGAGUUGGAAGCGAUGCUUGAUGUGGUGGACCCGCAGCCUCUAGAUAAAUAUCUUGCCAUCCGGAGGAGGAGGAUGUUUGACGUCCCUGAUGGCCAUGUCAAAAAGGAGGUUGCCGAUGGGGUUGCCCAGAUUGUGAGGAUGCUUGACCAGGAUGAAAAGAGCACCACCAGCACUUCUGAGGUCUAAGAACGUGAGCCAAGGUUUACGUUUCCGUUUCCGUAUUUCACUGCCAGAGAUAACGCUGCUCUUCAUUCUAUGGACAAUGUUUGUCGUAUGCCAGUCCCAUCUUGAAUCGUGAGAUGUUCUUCCAAACGAUGCUUGAUCAGGAAGAGAAAAGCAAUGCACCACGACGUCCCUCUGAGGUUUAAUAAUGUAAGGGAGCUCCGUCCUGCAUUUUCCAUAUUCCACUGGCAGGGAGCAUGCUGCCCUUCUACGGACACUAUUUGUCUUGAUCGUGAAGUGCUCUUCUGAGAGAACCCCAGACGGGUGGUACAAGAUCAUUCUCAGGUCCUUACAAAACAUGAUUUUGUGCUCAUGGAGUGAUUUUUCUUUCUUUCGUCUCCAAGACGUUUAUGUAAAUGGUGGCAAACCGGGUUUGGCAGUGAUUUUGCAGUGGCAAGUCUCGUUGAUGUCCUGACUAUAGGUGAGGGCUAAAUUAUAGGUAUCGAAUAAGGUGAAGCCUUUUUGCUAUGCGAACUUGUUGCCAUCAUCAUAUUCUCUGGUUAAUAGUUAUCUUUCCUCUUUUC